AUGAGUAGCAAAGUUGAUGAAUUUUGUGAUAUCUUGGGCUGUGAUUCGAAUACUGCUAAGUCUUUCCUGGACGCAUAUGGUGGUGACCUGGAGGUGGCCGUAAACAUGUUUAUGUCACAUUCAAAUGCGACUGUUUCUCAAGAAUAUCUGCCCCAUACUUCUUCGGUGCACCAACCAGCAAGAUCACCGAAAGCUUUGCGAUCUCGUAAUCAGUCCGCAUUUUCAAGACGCCGUAUCGUCGUUGCUGACGAAAAUGUAGUCCAAAGCGUUGAUUUAACUUCCGAGGAAGGCAGCGAUCAGUCACCGAAACCGUCGUCUAUAACCAAUGAUCACGCCGCUGAACAGGACCCCCGAAAUCAGCAUUCCUCGUCAAGCAAAAAAGAAGACAUUCUCGGUCGUCUUUUUGCUCCACCCUCCCAUAUUCUAUUCAGAGGCAGCCUACGUGAAGCCAUCCAAGCUGCAAGAAAUCAGAAACGUUGGCUUCUGGUGAGCAUUCACGACGAGGCAUGUUUUGAUUGCCACGUUCUCAAUCGGGACGUUUGGAAGGACCACCGAGUAGCCGAUCUCAUAAAAAAUCAUAUGGUUUUCGUCCAGCUUGACGUUAACGCCCCAGACGGGGUGAUGUACAGAAGCCAUUUCUCUUACGUGAACUCGGCAGUACAUAUCGCAAUUAUAAACCCCGUAACUGGUGUUCAAGAGAUGUUCUGGACUCAUCUGAAAACGCCUGAUAUUGUGUUCACUGUUUUGUCAGAUUUCAUUCUAUUGACUGAAUCCCCCAAAGAUCCAGAUGCAACCUCACCGAAGCCCAGCACUUCUACCUCCUCAGUGGCUCGCCUUCGAAGGCUUCGGCGGCGACACGACUCCUCAGAAGAAGAAGACCGAGGCAACUCAAAGCGGCCUCGAUUCUCUGAGGUCUCCAGUCUCACUUCAUAUUUGGCCUCGGUAUCCGUUUCACCCCUGCACGAAGUGAAUCAACCACGGUUCUCAUUCGCUCUCCUCGUAAACUUUCCCUGUGGUGAGAGGAGGAGGAGGAAAGAUGCAACGCACCUCAUUAAAAGCAGAGGUGAAAAAAAGUACCCGGUUGUCGUUGCUGUGCACGCACGUCUUUCCGUAAACUUGAUUGGCCGGGCGCACUGA